CUUUACUAGGGUGAGGAAUGGACUUGACAUUGCCACCACUGAUUUCGGCGCCAAUUCCAAAUUUCUGCAAAAUCUCUUCUUCUUCUUCAACGCUAUACGGCAAAAUUGUUCCUUUCUUCUUCCAUCAAGUGAAUAGUUCUCCUCCUAGAGGUUUUUCUUGUGUCAGAAAGGUUUCCAUGGCUUGGUGGGAAGGUCUAGAUGAAGCUCGUGUUCUUAUUGCAAAAGAGCCUUCUAAGGAUGGGAACAAGGUAGAGCAGCUUUUAUCUCUUCGACAUCCCAAAUCUGGAAAUGCAACAUGUUACCUUUGUGUUGAUGGAUCUCUUCAAGAACUUCACUGGUUCAAGCAAUCUUAUGGGUCUUGGUUCCUUGGGGAUUAUGUAUGUGAAGAUGGUCGUUUGUAUACUGCAACUCCAGUCGAUCCAGUUUUUGUUCUGUUACCUAUUUUCGAAGAAGCAAGAAUGAAGAAAAAUGAUGAUCCAGGAAAGUUUAGGCAAGUGGAUGAAAUAAUUUAUGUUGUAGGCUAUCCUGGAUAUCAGCAUCUUUCUUCCAUUGCUGAGAACUGCAUGCAAGUGGUUUGUGAUGUCAAAGAUGUAGGAAUGACAAAGUUUUUUAGGCUUAAUGAUGAGAAGGUGCUAAAGUGGUUAUGCUUGAAGGUAAUACAAUUAAAGAAGACAUUGUUGACACUGGAUAAGAACUAUGCUGCUCGAGAUAAGAAAGAAAUAUUAACUGAUGCAGUAUCUAUAAUUGGAGAGUACUUGAAGGAAGAGCCUUGGUUGAAGCUCCUCUGCAGCAAAUUAAGCAUAGACUUUCAAGAGGACACAAAAGCGUCAAAUUCUGAAAUGCAUUCAUCACCAAUGGAUAAUAGUUUCGAGUCCUUCAAUCACGAACAGCAGGAAAAGACUACUAAGAGCAAAAGACCGACUAAAAAGAUCAAAGCGGAGACCAACUCCCUUAAUAUCAAAGACAUGUUCAGUAGGGCUACUAGGCGUGGAAAAUGAAGUUAUGAAGCAGCAGA